AUGCAUAAAUGGCUGACAUAUAAUGAUGUAUUAGAAAUGUCACAAGAUGAAUGUAAAUGUGAUCAUGAUGGGCUGUUGGGAGUCAGUGGACCAAUUCUGAUGAAGCUCAACUGGAAAGGUUCAAAUUUCAAGGCAGGAUCCUGGGGAAAAGAUUCUGCCAUAGGGACCAAAUCAAAAGACCACUAUUGGGUUUUUCCAGCCAACGAAGAUAAUCGUAUAUGGGAGACCUUCCGUGUAUAUUCCUCAUACAGAAAACUGAUGCUUUAUUAUCCGGUUAUGGAAUUCAGCCUUCAAGGUGCUAAAGACAAAUGUGAAAACUGUGGUCAAGGGGGUGGAGUGAUCUUCUUCAAUGGUUCCUUCUAUUACAACUGCUACAAUAGUAGGGCCCUGUGCAUGACAGACCCUCAUACUAUGCGACUAUUGCGCAAGGAGUUAGAAGAUGAUGAUCCAGCUUCCUUCAAUAAUAUAUUCUCCUAUAAGGGUGUCAAAUUUCAGGAUGUGGACAUGGCUGGCGAUGAAAAGGGCCUGUGGAUGGUUCAUGGUAGUACAAAGGCCAAUGGGAAUAUGGUCAUUAGGAAGGUAAACCCUAACAAUUUGCAGGUAGGUACACCGUGGACCACCUCACAGAAGAAGGUUGAGGUCACCAAUAGUUUCAUGAUCUGUGGAGUGCUGUAUGCCACCAGAAGAGUGAAUGCAACCCAUGAGGAGAUAUUUUAUGCAUUUGACACCAAGACAGACCAGGAACACAAGACACCAGCAGAGUCCAGCAGCACAGCACAGGAAUACAAGAUCCUUAUGGAGAAACCUCUUCCCACUGUGCAGAGUUUGAAUUACAAUCCCAAUGACCAGAAACUCUACAUGUACAAUGAUGGCUUUCUGGUGUAUUACAAUCUGAUAUUCAAACGUCACCGAGCAAGCAGGCCAGGCCAGGCUGUUGGUGCUGAGCAAGGCCAGGAUGUUAACAGUGAGGAAGGACAGGGUCAUGUAAUCAAGCAGGCACAGGCUGGUCUUAGCAAGAAAGAUCAUAAUUCACCUAGUGACCAGAAGAAGAACCUGACAAGCAAGGGAAAUGUCUAG